AUUCAACGACACACAACAAUACUCAAAUUCCACCGUCCAAUCACUCCACGCCGCCCUCAGUGUGUUAAGUGAAGUCACAGAUCUAAACGCCAGGUUUAACGUUACCCAGCGACGCGUCUCCUACAUAUACUCAAGCCUCUCGCUACUGCGAAUGAACUACUCAAGCACACGGCGGACGUCAACACUCCUUCACUAUUCAUAAGUCGGGCGUUAUGGCGCGCCCCGGGGGGCGCUUUGCGCCUCAGAACAUGUCGAAUCCUUACAACAAUUUCAAUCAAAAUGCUCUCCAAUCGUCACAUCUCCCGCACCCGGGUCAGAACAUACCGUCACAAAACCUCGGUGGCCACCCAGGCUUCGGCGGCGCGAACCCUAAUCUGAAUGCUUUCACGUCUAGCAAUGAUCUUGGUUUAGGAGGUGGAUUUGGCAGUAGUGCGGGCUUUCGUGGUAGUGGCGGGGGUACAGGUCUGGACAGCCAGACGGCAAGAGCGGGAUUUGCGCACGGCGCUGCGUUGCAGCAACAACAAGCUCAUGAGGCAGCGGGUAUGGGUGGUCUAGGUACUAAGGCCCUUAGCACUAGGAUACGAGAGGUGUGGAAGACAAAUCUUGCGCAAGAGAUGGAGAUGCUAAGAAACUUGAUCGAGAAGUACCCAUACAUUAGCAUGGAUACGGAGUUUCCUGGUGUUGUCGCGAGACCGAUGGGAGAAUUUCCGACAAAGGCCAGCUAUCAUUACCAGACCGUUAGAUGCAACGUCGAUCUUUUGAAGAUAAUACAGCUAGGUGUGACGUUGUUCAACAUCGAGGGAGAGGUGCCACCCGUGCAAUUGGAAGCGGGAACUAUUGGUCGACCGGGCUAUGGCAACAAUUUGAUCAUGUGCCCUACCACUUGGUCUUUUAACUUUUCCUUCAACCUCGAGGACGACAUGUACAAUGAGGAAUCGAUCUCAAUGCUGAAGAAGUCAGGUGCAGACUUCGAUAAGCACUCGCAGCAAGGAAUUGAUCCUCUCGCAUUUGGUUCUCUGCUCAUAUCAUCUGGCUUGGUGCUCAACGAGGAUGUACAUUGGCUCUCAUUCCACUCAGGAUAUGACUUUGCGUACCUGGUCAAGAUCAUGUGGUCUCAACAACUACCUGCCGACGAAGAGGACUACCGUGAACUAGUGGCUAAAUACUUUCCAAGCAUACUUGAUGUCAAGUUUCUCUGGCGCCACGCUCGUAACCUUCUGGCCCGGAAUCAGUUAUCCUCCUCCGCAGUCACGAUACUCAGCAAUCUUGGCACCAAAUCAGGACUUCAAGAUCUUGCAGAUGAACUUGGAUGCCAACGGGUCGGCACACAACACUCAGCCGGAUCAGAUGCAUGGCUUACGGGGACGGUCUUCUUCCAGAUGAAGAACAAGAUCUUCGACGGCCAGAUACCCCAUGAGAUGAACGGGCAGAUGUGGGGCUUGACAGGUGUGGGAGCACCUGCAUCAGCAGCCGCGCAAGCGGCAGCGAUGGCAGCACAAGGCCACUCAGCGAACGGGAAUCCAGCUCUUGCUAAUGCUUUCCAGAUGGGGUAUCACACGAAUUCUUCGAAUACGCAGAGAGAUGGUGCCCCGAGCACCCCGACGACCAAUGCCGCUGGUCUUGCCUCGGGAACCCCAGGUCCCGGUCAUGGGCACGGCCUCGGAAGCAUGACACCAGGCGGAGGCUCCGGCGUGUUCGGUAAUUUCUCGUACAAAGGAUAGAAUUGUGGUACUCUUGUAUUGUAAUAUAUUAGCAUCGCUGCUCUUUCUACGGUACCGCAGCGAUAAAGGGACGGUUUGAAUUAGACCAGGCGCUCGAGUCUACUAAACCCAGGUGAUGGGCUUACUAUCGGACGGGUCAAGGCGCUCUUAUUAGGAAAAUAAUGAUAUUCCUCAUUUGCAAUGCAAUUGAAAUCAUUCAUUGGCGUC